UUACUGAGCUCCUAAAAUUACAGAUCCAUUCGGCAGGGGCUGUCCGCGGACAUUUCUGCUGCGAUGCAUCUCUACGGCUUCUCGAGUGGCGCCAGCGCAAUGAUGGCCAGGUCCCUUACUCCUCGCUGAACGCGCCGCUGAUGGUGCUGUUCAACAAGACAAAACACCGAAUUUUUGGGACUUCACGAUGGUGGUGCUCUUCUCCUCUCUGGUGCUACCUGGAUCGCCAUGUCCGGCAUGUGGGCGUGGCAUUAAUGAUAGCUGCCUGGGCGCUGCAGAAUGCUCUUUUCUACCUAUUCGGCUUGACGUUUGUCGUCGUCUCGGCGGCCAUCCUCGACCUGGCCGACCCGAUUUUCAUUAGUGAAAUCGCGCCGAAAGAACAUAAAGGCUUCUUCACGGCAUCUGUACUUUCUUUUGCUGGUGUCUUCGCGGGAUUUUGCCUGAUCUUGGCACGUGAAGAUAUUUGGGGAACACCGGAGAAUUGGGGCCGCAUUGCAGUGCUCGCCGAGUUUCUAAACAUUUUCGUCCUGCUCGCCGGUCUAUUCUUGCCGGAUAGCCCUGGGAAAUGUAAAGAAAGCACGAUCUCAGUUUUCUGCACAGCAUUUCCGCAAAUUUACGGGUAUUUUCCAAGGCGGGCAAUGGGACGAGAAGCGAUGAUCCUCCUCAACUUCAUCAUAACAAUCCCAAUCUCUUGGUUCGGCCCUCUGGCUGUGGAUCGGCUGGGGAAGAAGCGAGUUGUGAUGAUGUUGCUUGGAUUCUUGAUUUUCAAAACUACCCUCCAUUUUAUUAAUGGACAAGUGCAGUUCUGGGGAUUGAGUUAUUUAAAUGCAUUCCUACAACGUGUCAUCGAGGUUCCGGUUGCGGCGAUCACCCUAUGUUCUUCCGCUACCGAUCUUCUACCGCUGAAUUCUCUGUUGGCAAUGAUGGCCUCAUGGUCUCUACUCGGCCUCCUCGCUUCAAUUUCUCCAUUCACUUUUGGCCAUUUCCUGCGCGAAUACCUGAUUUGCAUCACCUUAUUUUCAACGGGAAUGGCUGUAUUGGUGCUAUGGUUAUGGCGAAGAGUGGAGAACGAGGGGGAACAGCCUGCCGACCAAGAGCCGCUGCUCCGAAAAUGCUCUCCACCGCCCGAAUAUUCCGCAUUAACA